UGUUGCUGAUGUUUCGCAAACAAGCCCAACGCUCGAUCGCUCCGUAGACCUACGGCUGCGGAAUAUCUUUCUCCACCGCAGUUGCUGAGUAGGUCUACAAUCGCUUUUUAUAGCUCAUAUCAUAACAUUUACGGCUGUGACAGGAGCAUAUGUUUCUCUCGGGCUAAUCGGCCAUUGGGAUAAACUCAAUGGCUAAGACAGAGGUCUCCUUCAAGGGACGUGUAACGGUGUAUUCGGUUAUUGGCUGCCCCCACUGUAUUCAAGCUAAGUCGUCUUUAAAGGAGCUAGGAUUGCCGGUGUGUGAUGUGGACAUAAAUCAACACAGUGAAUUGAGGGAUGAAGUAAAGAAACGGACUGGUCGUAGCACUGUCCCCCAGAUAUUCGUCAACAAUGUCCAUGUGGGAGGCAACGAGGAUCUUCAAAACCUGGCUCCCGAAGAGCUUCAGCGUUUGGUUGAAAUGGUGAGGGAUCAGCCAGUUCCUGAAGACGCUCCUGGUUUACCUGUACAGGGCCUCGGUUCAACGGAAAGUGAAGAGUUUGUGUGUGAGAGGGAUGCUUUUGCCGACUUGGUAGAGGAGUUCAAGGGCAGCGGGGUGAUCCGCAGUCACAGGAAGGGGGUGAGGGUGUUCAGGAACAGCUUCGCUGGGACAGAGCUGGUGGACUGGCUGCAGAGAGAGAAGGGCAUGGAAAGACCGAAGGCAUGUGAAGUUGGACAAAGUGUAAUGUCCAGGAAGUACUUUUCGUCUGUGGCAGCAGGAGUGGAUGGUUUUGAGGACAGUAGUGCCUUGUUCAGGCUGCUAGAGCAUGACCCCAACGCUGCACUCAACUCAGGAGAAAUGGCAGCUUGCAGUCCCAUGAAGGCCUCUGAGCUGUCGGAGAUCCUGAGGAACCUAAUCUUGAAGCUUUUUGCCAACCACUUGUCUUCUGAUGGCAAGUCUGUGGACUACAAGGCCAUGUCCCGGAGUCCUAGCUUUGAGCAAUACUGUGACCUGGCCGUGCAGCUGCAGCGUGUGGAGCUGGACUCCCUCAGUCGUGAGGACAAACUAGCCUUCUUCAUCAAUGUUUACAAUGCACUGGUCAUACAUGGCAACGUCAGCUUGGGCUUCCCCAAGAACCUGUGGCAGCGCUAUCGGUUUUUUAACUAUGUAAGCUACCUCAUUGGCGGGGAGGUGUUCACUCUUCAGGAUAUUGAGAACGGAGUGUUGCGAGGCAACAGGAAGGGUAUGGCACAAAUCCUGAAACCCUUCUCAAAAAGUGACCCCAGGCUUAAGGUGGCCCUUCCUCAACCCGAGCCUCUCAUUCACUUUGCACUGAACUGCGGCGCCAGAGGCUGCCCUCCUAUUAAAACAUACACUGCACAGGGAAUAGAUAGUCAACUGCGCACUGCAGCAGAAGCUUUCCUGGAGAAUGAUGAUGGAUGUCUGGUUGAUGCUGGCCAGGGAGAGGUGAAGCUCAGCCAGAUAUUCAAGUGGUACAAGGCGGACUUCGGGGACACAGAUGAAAAGAUGCUGCACUGGAUACUAAACCACAUGGGCGACUCAUCAAAAAAAGACAGCUUGCAAAACCUCUUGUCAUCAGGAUCGGUCAAAGUGAGCUACUUGCCAUAUGACUGGACGCCCAACAGCACAGACUGAGACUGAGCCACCGUUAUAUGAAGAGCUCUUUUCCAAAACGCUAUAUCCACCAUUUUUGACUUUUUGCAUUUUAAUAUUGGAAUUGACUGUUAAGAAGUCAUAUCAUCUAUAUGUGAAUUCUUGCCAUUCAUAUGUUUUGAGAACAUACUUUUAAAACCUCUCUAAUAUGCAUUUUGCAAUGCAAUUCAAUGGAAUUCCCAAUACAAAAAUGUCAAUUUUCCAACAUUCUAUAAAAUAGAUAUAUCUCAUUUUGGAAAAGAGCUCUUCAUAUUUUAACAAAUGAAGAACAGGCCUCUGCUUGUGUUUAGAGAUGCCUUUUGUUUGUCUUUCUACUGUACCACACUUGACUAUGCAUUUAGCGGUUACACUUUAUUUGAUGCCGUUUUCAUAAUAGUGUCAUGACAGUGUCAUCAAUGAGCCAUAAACAUGAUUUAAAUGCCAGAAACGUUUUAUGGUCAUGAAAAGUUGACAUUGUUAGGGCUGUCUUCACCAUUACCGAAUGUCACUUAAUGGCAAAGUCAUAAAAUGUUUAUGACAUGGACAUAAUGUUUAUGAAUUAUGACACUUGCAUGACUGCGUUAUGACACUGUUAUGACACGAUUAUGUCAUACGUAUGACACUGGCGUCCAGUAAAGUGUUACCCAUUUAGCUUAUCAGGGACGCUUCAACCCUGCAGCAUGAGACAAAUAGGACUGCUGUAUUAGAUAGAGGGGAAAAAAAGUUUUUUAUUUGGAAUAAAUUAAUCUUUAUGAUAUGCAAUUUUACAAAAAUAUUUUAUUCAAAUAAUAUAAUCAUUUUGCAUACACCUAUAAAGUGCUAUGAUAUUGAUGAGAGACUACUAUAUGUACUGUAUGUCAGACACUUGACUUAAGAGGUCAACUGUUUGAACAAGUUUCAAAGAGUCAAAAAAGUUCCUGGAUUUAGUAAAUUUACUCAGAUACACUGGAUAAACUAUGAAAUAAAAUUUCUUCAAUGUUGCUGUU